AUGGCCGAGCCGCAGGUGGAGUCGCCGACGCCGCUGUCCAACGUGCAGAAGCUUAAGCUACAGCUAUUCCACCGCCUCCAGCGUCGUCACCGCGACUCGUGGAAGCGAUACUGGGGAUCGUUUCAGCUCUACCUGGCGGCCAAGCUCUCGCUCGAGGAGUUCCAUGCGCUGGCGGAGGAGCUGCUGGGCCCCGAUAAACACCUGCACAAUAAGUUCGUGGUGGCGCUGCUGAGUACGGCGUACCAAGAGGCAGGUGAUGGAGAGCUGCGACCAACUCCACAGCCACCGUCGGCACUGCAAUUGCAGGGCCACAGUGGAGUAGGAGGAGGUACCAAGAUACUUAAGGUAGCCAAUGGAGGCCCCAGUCCGGCAAGUAAUAAGGACCCACUGCUUCAAAUUAUCAAGGAGGAGGACGCAAGACACGAUUCUGAGCAGCGUUCGCAAGACACGCACGCAAUAAAUGGACGUAAACGACCACACAGCAGUUUUGCACCUCCUGACGACAACACAGAGGAGUCCGUAAGUAAGCACAUGCACUUGGAUCGGGAUACAGCGCGGCACGCCCAUGACCACCCUGACCACCAAUCGGCGGAGCUACUGAUGGGCCUAGGCAAGUGCUCAACAGCCACGAUUAGCCCGUCGUCGCCAUCUACUAACAGAGGCUUCGAGCCGCGCGUGUCUCCAGACAGCAGUCAGUAG